UCAAGCUACACCCACUUUCCAAUUCUCGGUCUUCUAGAAUCCUUUUCUUCUUCCUAAAGAAACCCUAAACCGAUCUCAAAAUAUCUACGUACCCACUGAAUUUCCUCCUCCCAAUGUUUUAGAUAGUUCCCACCACCGUUAGUACCGGUUAUCGGUCAACUUCCAACAUAUAUAUUCAUUUUUCUGUCAUUUCUUGACAAGAAAGACAGCAACGCAGUAUAUGGUCGAGCCCUCUAUGUGUUUCAUUUCACAGUUGUAAUUCAGAAGUUCAUCUUUGAAAAGAGAGAGAGAGAGAGAGAAAUGCAUUUGUAUAACGCUUGGCUUCCUCCUCCGGUAGCGGAGGAGACUAAGAGAGAAAGAGAAUCGUUUGCCGCAGCGGUGAGCUCAGUGAAGGAAUUGUAUCGGCCGGAUGAUCCUGAGUCUGUAUACGCUACUCUAAAGUGGCUAUCAGUCAUUGACACCUUCUUGAAAGCGAAGAGUGAAGUAUCUUCGGAAGAUGUGACUUCCCUUGUAAAUUUGGGCUUAGAAAUAUUCCAUAAAGCAGAUCAUAAACUUUAUGCCCAGGUUAGAUGGGGAGGCAUCCUUGUGAAGUUGCUCAAUAAACACAAGAAGAAGUUAUCGCUGAAUAUUAAGUGGCGACCUUUAUAUGACACGAUACUGCACACUCAUUUUACAAGGAAUACGGGCCCAGAAGGUUGGAGGCUGAGACAGAGACAUUUUCUAACAGUUACUUCCCUUGUUAGAUCAUGUAGGAAGUUCUUUCCUGCAGGCGCUGCCUCUGAAAUAUGGUCUGAAUUUGGAGCUCUGCUGGAAAACCCAUGGCAUAAUUCAUCUUUUGAAGGUUCUGGAUUUGUAAGGCUGUUUCUCCCUACAAACAUAGACAAUCAGGACUUCUUUCAACAGGAUUGGAUCAAAAGUUGUAUUGAUAAAUGGGAUUCAGUACCAAAUUGCUUGUUUUGGGACUGCCAAUGGACAGCUGUUACAGCCCGUGUCAUAAAGAACUAUGUCUUCCUUGAUUGGGACAAUUUCUUACCUGUGCUUUUCACUCGAUACUUGAAUAUGUUUGAGGUUCCCGUCGCAAAUGGAAGUGGGUCUUAUCCAUUCCCAGCAGAUGUGCCUAGAAACACAAGAUUUUUGUUUUCUAAUAAAUCUGUCACUCCAUCCAAGGCCAUUGCAAAAUCAAUUGUAUAUCUGUUAAAACCUGGUAGUUCAUCAUGGCAACAAUUUGAGAAAAUAGUGGAUCUCUUAGAGCAAUACUAUCACCCUUCCAAUGGUGGUCGCUGGACUUAUUCUUUAGAGCGAUUUUUGUUCUACUUAGUAAUUGCAUUUCAGAAACGUUUGCAGCAGGAGCAACUGGGUGAGAAUGACAAAAGGCAAGCUGUGCUAUGUUUGGGGCCAUCAGAGCGAGUGACAUUUGUGAAUUUAGUGCUGAAAUUGAUAGAUCGUGGUCAAUAUAGCAAAAAUGAACAUCUUUCUGAAACAGUAGCUGCAACUACUUCUAUUCUGUCUUAUGUUGAACCCACUAUUGUUCUUCCAUUUUUGGCAUCCCGGUUUCACACGGCUCUUGAAACGAUCACAGCCACCCACCAGUUGAAGGCUGCUGUUACAUCUGUGGCAUUUGCAGGACGAUCACUAUUUCUUGCAUCAUUGUCAUCGUCUACAGUUGGCUGUGUCGAUGGAUUCAUUGAUGUACUUAUGAUAUCAUUAUCGAAUGCUUUAUUGGGUAUGGAUGCCAAUGACCCCCCUAAAACCUUGGCUACCAUGCAACUGAUUGGUUCUAUAUUUUCAAAUAUGGCAAAACUGGAAGACAGCGCCGAAGGCUUGGGAUUACUUCCAAGUUUUUCUGAAUGGCUUGAUGAGUUCCUAUGCCGAUUGUUUUCCUUACUAAGGCACUUGGAACCUAGUAGUGUUGUGAAUGAAGGCCUUAACUCAUCUGCUACAUCUGGAACCUUCCUGGUGGAUGAUGGUCCCUAUUACUUCUGCAUGCUUGAAAUCUUGUUUGGGAGGCUCUCAAAAUCUCUUUACACACAGGCCAUAAGAAAAAUCUCGAAGUUUGUGAAAACAAAUAUUCUUCCCGGUGCAGUUGCAGAAGUUGGACUGCUCUGUUGUGCAUGUGUACAUUCAGAUCCUUUUGAGGCAGCUGUUCACCUUAUUGAACCACUACUGUCAUCUGUUAUAUCUUCUCUUAAAGAUACACCUAAUACAGGGUUUGGAGGAAAGUCAAUCACUGAUGGAUCAUUUUCAACUAAGGCAAAAGCCACACUGUCUCCAGCACUUGAAACAGCAAUUGACUAUCAACUAAAAGUGUUGUCUGUCACCAUCAGUUAUGGGGGUUCUGCCCUUCUACGUUAUAAGCAUCAGUUUGAAGAAGUUAUCAUGGCUGCCUUUGAUUGUCCAUCUUGGAAGGUUAAUGGUGCGGGUGAUCAUGUUCUACGAUCCCUUCUUGGAAGCCUCACUCUUUAUUAUCCUAUUGAUCAAUACAAGUGCAUUACACAUCACCCAGUAGCUUCUGCAUUGGAGGAGUGGAUAAGCACAAAAGAUUUUUCAGAUGAUAAACGAUUGUUGAGCCCCAAGUGGCAUGUUCCUUGUGAUGAAGAAAUUCAAUUUGCAAAUGAGCUGUUGGAUCUGCAUUUUAGAUCAGCCUUAGAUGAUCUUCUGAGAAUAUGUCAGACUAAAAUUCAUUCUGAUUCAGGAAAUGAAAAAGAGCAUCUCAAGGUGACUCUUCUGAGGUUGGAUUCUUCAUUGCAAGGUGUCUUAUCAUGCCUGCCUGAUCUUAGACCAGCAGCUAAGAAUGGGACUAUUGAAGAUUUGGGUAGUUUAUCCUUCUUAAUAGCCGGUGCAACUGGUGCUAGUGUUGGUACUGCUGAGUUGCGGGAAAAAGCAGUGGGGGUCAUACAUACAGCCUGCCAAUACUUGCUAGAGGAAAAAGCCGAUGAUAGCAUCUUACUCCUACUUGUUGUUCGUAUCAUGGAUGCUUUGGGUAACUAUGGAAGUGCCGAAUACGAUGAGUGGUCAAACCAUAGGCAGGCUUGGAAGAUGGAAUCUGCUGCUAUAAUUGAACCACCAAUAAACUUCAUCAUUUCAUCUCACUCUAACGGGAAGAGAAGGCCUCGGUGGUCACUUGUUGACAAAGCAUACAUGCAUAACACCUGGAGGGCAUCACAAUCAUCUUACCACAUCUUCCGCACAAGCACCAAAGCAUCUCCGUCAGACCAUUUGAUUCUUCUGGUGGAUGAUCUUCUUAAUCUUUCAUUACACCAAUAUGAAACUGUCCGAAUACUCGCUUGCAAGGCCCUCCUGAAAAUGAUUAAAAAAUGGCCUUCCAUAACUUCUAAGUGUGUGCUCGCCUUGUCGGAUAAUUUACGGAGUCCCAAUACACCAGAGCAUGUGCUUCUAGGUUCUUGUUCUGUUCUUUCUUCACAGACGGUGCACAAGCAUCUUACAACGGACUUGAAGGCAUUUCAUUCAUUCAUCAUUGGAAUAUUAUCAAGCUCUCAUCAUGAAUCGCUCAAAGCCCAGAAGGCUAUUAAUGAGCUUUUUGUCAAAUAUAACAUUCAUUUUGCGGGUGUAUCCAAAGGCAUUCUUAGAGCUUCUGGAAACCUUCCAGAUGAUUCUAGCUUUGCAGAAUUAAUAUCUCAGAUUGCUUCGCUGAGUUUUGAGUCAACCAACUUACAUUGGCGGUAUAACCUUAUGGCUAAUAGGGUCCUGCUGUUGUUGUCUAUGUCAUCUAGAAAUGAUCCAAGUGCAUCUUCAAGAAUUAUGAGCGAAACUGCUGGUCACUUCUUGAAAAACUUGAAGAGCCAACUUCCCCAGACAAGAAUACUGGCAAUCUCUGCAUUGAAUAUAUUGUUAAAAGAAUCACCUUAUAAAGAAUCAGCUGAGAAGCAAAUUGCUGUCCCUGGGGUUGUUGAAGGACAAACCAAGUCCUCCCUAGAAGAAGCUUUAAACACAAUUUUUCAGGAGGAAGGUUUCUUCAGAGAAACACUAAACAGUCUCUCUCAUGUUCACAUCAUUAAUGAUACUGAAAGUUCGUCUCGGGGGAAUCAUGGUGCGUCUUUUCAGAGUUUUGCAGACAAGUCAAUCACCCGUUUCUACUUUGAUUUUUCAUCUUCUUGGCCACGCACUCCCAGUUGGAUUUCUUUGCUGGGAAGCGAAACUUUCUACUCGAGCUUUGCUCGCAUAUUUAAGCGAUUAUUUCAAGAAUGUGGCAUGCCUGUCUUAGUUUCUUUGAAAAGUGCAUUGGAGGAGUUUACAAAUGCAAAGGAGAGGUCUAAGCAGUGUGUUGCCGCUGAAGCAUUUGCUGGCUUAUUGCAUUCUGAUGUUACUGGUGUCCAGCAAGCGUGGGACAGCUGGAUGAUGGUUCAGUUACAGAAUGUUAUUCUAGCUCCAUCUGUUGAAUCUAUACCAGAGUGGUCCGCGUGCAUACGUUAUGCUGUUACUGGAAAGGGGAAAUAUGGGACAAAAAUUCCACAUCUCCGUGAGAAGAUCAUGGAUUGUUUGGCAACGCCUUUACCACCAACAGCAAAUACCACUGUGGUUGCCAAACGCAUAGCAUUUCUUUCAGCCGCCCUUGUAGAAGUCUCCCCACCUAGAAUGCCAUUGUCUGAAAUUCAUCUUCACUGGAAACUUAUGCAGGAGUUGCUAGACAAUAUGAGUCACUCAUCUGCCCAGGUGAGGGAAGCAAUUGGUGCUACUCUAUCCAUCAUGUGCUCAAAUAUUCGACUUCACAUAUCCUUCACUGGCGAUGAUGCUGUUGAUUUCAGAAUAGAAGGGAGAACAUGGGAUCAAUUCCUGAUAGAACACGCUUCUGCAGUUGUUGUGAACAUUCAGAGUGCUGGAAACUCUGAUAGAAUGGAUGUGAUUCAUGACAAUGGCUUUGCAUCUGGUGAUUCUAAAGAUGAUAUUAAAUGGAUGGAAACAGUAUUCCAUUUUAUUAUCUCAUCUUUGAGAUCGGGAAGAUCUUCAUAUCUCCUGGAUGUUAUUGUCGGUCUUCUGUAUCCUGUAAUAUCUUUGCAGGAAAAUUCGAAUAAAGACCUGUCAACAUUGGCCAAGGCAGCCUUUGAAUUGCUGAAGUGGAGGAUUUUGUGGACCCCUCAUCUCCAAAAGGUUGUGUCUGUGAUCCUUUCUUCAGCCACUGAUUCUAAUUGGCGAACCAGAUCUGCCACUCUUACCUUCUUGCGCACGUUUAUGUAUAGGCACAUCUUUGUUCUUUCUGAUCCGGAAAAAAGACAAAUCUGGAGAACAGUGGAGAAUCUCCUCAAAGACAACCAAGUGGAGGUGAGAGAGCAUGCUGCAGCUGUUCUAGCAGGCCUAAUGAAGGGCGGAGAUGAAUAUCUGGCUGAAGACUUCCGUAAUAGAGCUUUUCAAGAUGCAAGAAUAAUAUUUAAGCAAAGAAAACAAAGAAGAUCGAGUUCUGGCCAACCCGUAGCCUCUACACACGGCGCUGUUCUUGCGUUGGUAGCUUGUGUGCUAUCGGUUCCCUAUGACAUGCCCAGUUGGUUGCCUGAGCAUGUAACGUUGCUAGCUCAAUUUGUUGGAGAGCCAUCGCCAGUGAAGUCGACAGUUACAAAAGCAGUGGCUGAGUUCAGAAGGACCCACGCAGAUACAUGGAACUUUCAGAAAGAUUCCUUCACAGAAGAGCAGCUAGAGGUCCUGGCUGAUACAUCGUCAUCUUCGUCGUAUUUCGCUUGAACAGCAGUUAUAUAUACUUGGAAUAAUAUUCUUAUCUUAGUAUACUGUUGUCAACAACAAAAUGGUAUUUAUUGCAGCUUUCCUAGUCAGAGUCAGACACAGUUUUAUCUGGUUCAUAUUUAUAGCCUUCUUCUUCUCUAAAAUGGAUAAAACAAGUUUGUUGUAAUAGGUUUGGUUCUUCUUCUCUUCUUGUAAAGGUGCAAAUACAUACAGUUUGUGGCCACCAUAGA